AUGUCGCGUCUUUGUCUUUUAAAUCACGACAAACAAAUCGACAUAAACAUUGAUGAGAAUAUCAGUCUUACCGACGUAUUCAUCGCCGCAACGUAUCGCCAAUUGGUAUUGGCCACAAAAUGUUUCAUAACUAUCUACGAUCUUUCAUCAGUUCUUCACGGCGAGCAACUAACUACUUCUUACGAAAAAAUCAACAUUCCGAGCCCUAUUCUUGCACUAACCUCGACAAUCGAUCGAAUUAUUUAUGUUUACCGUUCUGUAGAUAAUUCUAAUGAAUUGAAAAUCUGUUCUAUACAUUCACAGUUUCAAGAGCAAUCUCUCACAAUCGGAUCUUUCGAUUCAAACGAUAACAUCCAUCUAUGUUCACUGGAUGACGGAACAAUCUAUCUCGCUUACGAUUCCAAGAUCGUUUCGCUAUCAACAAAUGAUCAAUGGCUAUUUGACUCAAAAAUCGUUAAACUAUGCAGUGGAAAAGAGCAUGCAUUGAUUUUGUUGUCCGAUGGGCGAGUAUUUAGUUGGGGCAACGGUCUUCAUGGCGCACUUGGCCAUGGCGAUCUAGAACCAUGUUCUCAGCCAGCACACAUCGAAGCACUAUCUGAUCAUACUGUCACUGACAUAGCUGCGGGUGGAUGGCAUUCAUUAGCUCUCUGUUCAGAUGGAUCAGUUAUGUCGUGGGGUUGGAACAACGAUGGCGCACUUGGUUUGCAAUCCGUAGAUGAUGGUGAUACAGCGGGGGUUUUUUGUGAUCCAGUUCUAGUAACAUGUAUACCAUUGGAUGUAGACUGUGCGAAAAUAUCGGCCGGUGCAAGGCAUAGCGCAUUUCUAGGAUCGAAUAAUCAUCUAUGGUUGUAUGGUUCGAAUAAACAUGGUCAACUAGGAGAUAAAUCGUUAACUUUAAUGGAUGAUGAUCUUCGACCCGCACAAAUUCGUCCUUUAGCUGGAACAACACGUCAUCGUUUAUGUGCCGGUCAAGUUUGUGUUAGUGUGGCUUCUUGUGUAAAAGAAAUUAUCGAAAAUAGCUUGGAUGCACAUAGUACACGUUUACAAUUGACAUUCAUUGCACAUGGAGCAGAUCUAAUUGAAUUAGUUGACAAUGGUGAUGGCAUACCGGAGCAUGAUUUUGAUAAAUUGGGACUUCGGUAUCAUACAUCGAAACUAAGCCAAUUUGAAGAUUUAGAACAUGUGAAUACAUAUGGAUUUCGCGGUGAAGCGCUAUCAUCUAUUUGUAUCUACGCAGAUGUUACCAUUGUUACGCGUCAUACAUCUGCGUCGAUUGGAACAAAAUUAACUUUCGAUAGUGAAGGACAAGUAGUUUCUCGUGUACCAUGUCCUCGAGAGACCGGUACAACCAUAUCGAUUCGAUCAUUAUUCGGACGUUUUCCUGUUCGACGCACUGAGCUACAAGCACAUUCCAAACGAGAAUUUUCUCAAGCAUUAAACACUAUUCAAUCAUUUGCGAUUAUCUCUCGACAAAUACAAUUCUUUCAAAUAUCUUCGUCAGCCGAUAACCAUCCACCUUCACAUCCAUUGCUAACGUUAACUCCCUCAACUUCAUUGAAAGACACAUUAGCACAGAUUUUCGGAUCUAAAAUACUUGAAAGUAUUAUUCGCGUUGAUGAUGAUGAUGAUGAUACUAAUCAAGACUUCAAGUUCGAUGGUUACAUCUCUCGACCUCAACACGGUUCUGGUCGUUCGUCAGCUGAUCGACAAUACCUCUACGUGAACAAUCGUCCCAUCGAUUGUGCACCUUUAUUACGAGCAGUCAACGACAUUUACCGACAUUUCAAUCCCAAUCAAUAUCCUCUUGUUGUAUUAAGUAUUGAAGUACUCAAUCGAAGUACCCUUGACAUCAAUUGUACACCAGACAAACGAACAGUUUUCGUUGAACAUUUAUCCGAUAUGUGUGAUCGAAUACGAGCGAUUUUUACAAAAUUAUUCGAAACUAGUAGUAAUGUCUAUAUUGGCUCAACUAAACGAACACAAGAUACAUCAGAAAGUAGUGAUUUACCGACGCCACCAGCAAAACAAAUGAAAAUCGAACGUUUCACGAAAAAACCUUCACAAUCGUCCGAUAUUCCAAUUCUGACAACAAAGAACCCACUAUCGAAAUUUUCUGCUCCUUUCAAUACGAUUCGUUCGACUGAAACAUCGAGUCCGACUGCGUCAAAAUUAUCAACACAAGAACGUGCUCUCUUCACUUUUGAGUCACAUAGUAUCGCAAAAAGUACAACUGAGCUGUCACUUUCCGAGAACGAAGACGAAGAUCCCCAUGAGACAACGCUUCUCCAUGGAAGUCCAUCGAAAAAAGAUUUUCUCGAUAAAAUCAAACAACUCCGACAAAAAGACGAAGAGACUGAAGUAUCUACGUCGCUCGAUCACGAUCUGCUAAUGUACACGUCAACACCGGCAGUAAAAGAGAAGGCCAAACCAGCAGAAGUACCCAAAAGUAUACAAGUGACAUCAUACAAUUCAUGCGAGAUCAAAGUCAAAUUCGAUAUGGCGAAAUUGAAAAAAAAGUAUGAAGUUAUGUCGCAAAACGAAGAUGUUUCAUCGGUGAUUUCGGAUCAUCGUUUCAAUAUACACCUCGAAGAAGAUCAGAACGAAGAGGCUGAAGAUGAACUUCGUCGACAAAUUGAUAAAACCGAUUUUGAAAGAAUGUCCAUUAUCGGUCAAUUCAAUCGUGGGUUUAUCUUAGUCACACUUGUUGACAAUUCAUCUCAAUUAUUCAUCGUUGAUCAGCACGCUGCAGAUGAAAUCUACAAUUUUCAUCGUCUCUACGAACAAACAACUGUUAGUCGACAACCACUUCUUCUUCCAAAACCAAUACCACUCGAUCCAUCUCGACAAGUUCUUCUACAGCAACACUUAGAUCUCUUCAACCGUCUCGGAUUUGAAAUUGAAAUUGAUGAAAACGAACCUCGUAUCGACCGUCGUUGUCGUGUACUUUCCUAUCCAACUGUAUCCGGUGCUCAUUCAUGUGUAUUCGGUGUUGAUGAAAUCGAUGAGAUUCUUUCGCAUUUAUCUGACACAAGUCAACAAGCUCGACAAGAAGAACAUUACGAAUCAUCUCGUCUACGCAAAGUCUUUGCAUCCAAAGCAUGUCGAAUGUCAAUUAUGAUCGGAACAGAUUUGACGCAAAAACAAAUGAUAUCAGUCGUUCGACAUCUCGCACAAUUAGCGAAACCAUGGAACUGUCCUCAUGGAAGACCAACCAUUCGGCACGUGUCUAAUCUUAGCGAAGCGACAAAAGGCUUUCUUACUGAUGACUAUCAUUCAAUAUAA